CCGUGCCGGAGCAGCUCAGUGGAGAAGAAGAUUUACAUCCCCCUGGAGCGCGCCGCGCCCUGCGUGCGCCUGCUCAACGCCACGCACCAGACCGGCUGCCAGGCCUCGCUGAGCGGGAACACGGGCGUGAUCCACGUGGUGGAAAAGGAGGAAGACCUGGAAUGGCCGCUCUCCAAAGGGCCCCAUCCCCCCUACAUGAUCCUGCUGGACGGGAAUCUCUUCUCCAGGAAAGUUUUGAUGCAGCUGAAGGAGAAUUCCCGGAUUUCUGGCCUGGCUGUUUCCCCUGCCUCUCCCGCCCCUCCCCAAGGAUUUUCCCCGGGAUUGAAAUGUCCCAAUGAUGGAUUUGGGCUGUAUUCGGAGGCCUACGGGCCGCAGUUCGCUCACUGCAAUGGCUCCCUCUGGAAUCCCGGCGGGAGCGGCCUCGCCUUCGAGGAUUUCCCCUUCCCCAUUUUCCUGCUCGAGGACGCCAACGAGACCCAGCUGAUCAAAGAGUGUUUCCUGGCUCACAACGUGCCGGGCGCGGGCGGCGCGGCGCCGCCGUUCCCGCUGUGCGCGCUGCAGCUGCAGGCCCACAUGCACGCCGCCGCCAGCACGGCCACCUGCAUGCGCCGCAGCUCGCUGCAGAGCGCCUUCAGCAUCAACCCGGAGAUCGUGUGCGACCCGCUGCUGGAUUUCAACGUCUGGAGCUCCCUGCAGCCCAUCAACGCCUCGGGGAAGGUGGAGCCCGGGCAGCGCCUCGUGCUGGCCGCCACACGGGUGGACAGCCGCUCGUUUUUCUGGAAUGUGGCUCCGGGGGCCGCGGCCUCGGUGGCUCCGUUGGUUUCGCUCCUGGCGGCCGCCGAGGCUCUGGCGGCGGCUCCGGGAUCGCAGCUCCUGCCCCGGAACGUUCUCUUCGUCUUCUUCCAGGGGGAGAGCUUCGAUUACAUCGGCAGCUCCCGCCUGGUUUGGGACAUGGAGCAGGAGAAAUUCCCGCUGCGCCUGGAAAACGUCGGAGCCUUCCUGGAGCUGGGCCAGGUGGCGCUGCGGAACGACUCCGUGCUCUGGCUGCACACGGAUCCCAUCUCCCGCCGGAACGAAUCCGUGGACGAGCAGGUCCGGGCUCUCCUGGCCGCUCUCGGUGUCGCCGCCUCCGGCUCCGGCGUCUCCGUGCGGGAACCGGGAUUCUCCCGGCCCCUCCCCCCCUCGGCAUUCCAGAGGUUCCUGCGGGCCCGGAGCAUCCCGGGGGUGCUGCUGAGCGACCACCGGGAGCAAUUCCACAGCAGGUAUUUCGAGAGCAUUUACGACACGGCCGAGAGCAUCGGGCUCCGUUAUCCCGAGGGAUCCAGCCCCGAGGAGCGGCUGGAAUUCGUCUCCGACACCGCCCGGGUCCGCGGCAUUCCCGGGAUUCGGGACCCGGGGGAUUCCCGGGAUUUGGGACCCGGGGGAUUCCUGGGAUUCCUGGGAUUUGGGAUGAAGGGAAUUCCCGGGAUUCAGGAGCUGGGAUUCGGGAUCCAGGGGGUUCCCAGGAUUUGGGAUCUGGGAGGAUUUUGUCCCGGGAUUUUUUCCCGGAUCUUUCCCGGAUCUUUCCCGGUUUUCCUCCGCAGGUAUUUCGAGAGCAUUUACGACACGGCCGAGAGCAUCGGGCUCCGUUAUCCCGAGGGAUCCAGCCCCGAGGAGCGGCUGGAAUUCGUCUCCGACACCGCCCGGGCGCUGGCCCAGGUGGGGACGCUGCUGGCCCGGACGCUCUUCUGGUGGGCCGGAGGCACCGAGGGAGCCGCGAGCAUCCAGGCUGAUCCCAAAACGGUCGCCCGGCUGCUCUACGGAUUCCUGAUCGACUCCAACAAUUCCUGGUUCCAGUCCCUGAUCAAACCCGACCAGGCCGGGAUCCUGGGCCCGUUUCCCCAGCACUACGUGGCCGUGGCCAGCCCGGCCAACACGACCCAGCUGCUGCAGGCGGCUCUGGCCAACCUGACGGGAACGCGGCUGAACCUGAGCCGGGAGCAGUGCCAGGAUCCCGGGAAAACACCGGGAACGCAGCCCGAGCUGUUCGAGUACCGCUGGGUGCAGGGUCCCCUGCUGGACAAUUCCAGCCGCAGAUUCCCGGGCUGUGUCCGAUCCGGCGCCCGCCUGGCCCCGGCGCUGUCCCCGGCCUUCGAGCUGCGCCGCUGGGAUUCCCGGGAAUUCUCCACCUGGACCGAGAGCCGCUGGAAGGAGAUCCGGGCUCGCCUCUUCCUGGUGGCCAGCAGGGAGCUGGAGCUGCUGACGCUGCUCCUGGGGCUCCUGGUGCUGCUCCUGUCCCUCCUCUUCACCUUCCUCAUCAGCUCCCGGGCCCAGCUCCUCUUCGGGACCCCCCCCGGCCCCUCCGGAUACUGAAAAUCCGGGAAAAGCCGCCGGGAAAAACCGGGAAAAACCGGGAUCGGCCUCGGGAAUCCCCCUCCCGGAGCUGGGAAAGGGGAGAGGGGUUCCCGGGGAACGGCGCCUGGGGGGAAUUCCCGGAAUUCCGGGUUGGAUUCUCUGCCCUGGAUGGGAAUUCCCGGAAUUCCGGGUUGGAUUCUCUGCCCUGGGAGGGAAUUCCUGGAAUUCUGGGUUGGAUUCUCUUCCCUGGGAGGGAAUUCCUGGAAUUCUGGGUUGGAUCAACACCCUGAGCGGGGAAUUCCCGGAAUUCCGGGUUGGAUUCUCUUCCCUGGGAGGGAAUUCCCGGAAUUCCGGGUUGGAUUCUCUGCCCUGGGAGGGAAUUCCCGGAAUUCCGGGUUGGAUCAACACCCUGAGUGGGGAAUUCCCGGAAUUCCGGGUUGGAUUCUCUGCCCUGGAUGGGAAUUCCCGGAAUUCCGGGUUGGAUUCUCUGCCCUGGGAGGGAAAUUCCCAAAAUUCCUGUUCGGAUUCCACGCCCUGACUGGAAAAUUCCCGGAAUUCCCGCUUCCCUGAGGGGAAAAUUCCUGGAAUUUCUGGAUCAAUCCGGUGCCCUGGGUGGGGAAUUCCCAGAAUUUUCCCGGAAUUCCCGGUUGGAUCCAUCCUUUCUCCCAAAAUCCAGAUAAAGGAAGGAUAAAGGGGGGGUUUUUUGGGGGGAAAUUGUGAGGAAUUCCAGGGGUUCUGGGAAUAUCCCGAUGGAAAAAUUCCCUUUUUUUUCCUUGGGAUUUGUAAAUAUUAUAAAUAAAUCCAUGGAAUU